CCUCGCCGGGCCGUGCUGAAGGCGUCAGGAGCUGCAAUUUCCAACUUAGCAUCUUGGCAGGACCCUUCGGAAAGCGAGAGCGAGGAGGAAAGGGGGGAAAAAAGCCCCCCAGUGCAAGGGGGAGAGAGAGAGAAAGAGAGGAGGGGGGGAGGGAAAGAGGGGAAAGCAAAGGGGGGAGAAAAAGGAGGAAGCGGUGCCCGGCUGCAGGCGAAAGCGGAGCAGCAGCCCCGGCGCAGAGCAAGGUGCCGCCUCUGCCCAGCUGGCGAGGGCGGAGAGGCGCCCGCGAAGCCCCGGCCGCAGCCGCCCCAACCCGGCAGCGCGGCGGCUCCCUCCCGGCGCCUUGGGCUCCCGGGUAUAUGUGCGCGCCUGGCCAUGUCGUAUCCUCAGGGUUACUUGUACCAGCCGUCAGCGUCUUUGGCUCUCUAUUCCUGCCCGGCGUACAGCACCAGCGUGAUCUCCGGACCCAGGACCGAUGAACUUGGGAGAUCUUCUUCGGGCUCCGCUUUUUCCCCUUAUGCCGGAUCUACCGCCUUUACCGCCCCUUCCCCGGGUUACAACUCCCACCUCCAGUACGGCACCGACCCGGCCGCCGCCGCCGCCGCCGCCUUCACUUCCUACGUGGGCUCGCCCUACGACCACACGCCGGGCAUGGCCGGUUCCCUGGGGUACCACCCGUACGCGGCGCCGCUCGGCUCCUACCCCUACGGGGACCCCGCGUACCGCAAGAACGCGACGCGGGACGCCACGGCCACCCUCAAGGCCUGGCUCAACGAGCACCGCAAGAACCCCUACCCCACCAAGGGCGAGAAGAUCAUGCUGGCCAUCAUCACCAAGAUGACCCUCACCCAGGUCUCCACCUGGUUCGCCAACGCGCGGCGGCGGCUCAAGAAGGAGAACAAAAUGACCUGGACCCCACGAAACCGCAGUGAGGACGAGGAGGAAGAGGAGAACAUCGACCUGGAGAAAAACGACGAGGACGAGCCCCAGAAACUGGAGGAGAAGGGGGACCCCGGGACUCCGGACACAGGAGCGGCGGAUCCCAAGGCAGCGCCGGGCUGCGAGCGCCUCCAGGAGUCCCCCGGUCCCCGGGAGGCCGAGAGCGGCCUCAGCGACUCGGAUUGCAAAGAGCUAGCGGAGGAGCGGCUCGACGGGCCGCCCGUCCCCCUCAAGGCGCCCGGCGCUUCCCCGCUGGGACCGUGUCCGGCGGGCCGCGGGCCGGGCGGCAGCGGCCCGUCCCGCUCGCCGCCGCGGCCGCGCUCGCCGGCCGCGCAGUGCCCCUUCCCCAACGGGGCGGUCCUGCCCCGGCCGCUCUACUACACGGCGCCCUUCUACCCCGGCUACACGAACUACGGCUCCUUCGGGGCCCUGCACGGGCACCCCGCCGGCGGGCCCGCCGCCGCCGCCCCCGGCGCCCACUUCAAUGGAUUAAAUCAGACUGUCCUCAGCAGAGCCGAGAGCCUAGCUAAAGACUCUAAAAUGAUCAGGAGCCAGUCCCAAGUAGACCUUUGCAAGGACUCACCUUACGAACUGAAGAAAGGUAUGUCCAACAUUUAAUAUCGGCUUCUCCUCCCUAACCCCUCCUGGGACUGUGGUUUUGUUCCUUUUUUUUUUUUUUUUUCCUUUUUUAAUUUAUUUGAGAGAAAUAAUAAAUUGCUUUGGCAGUUAUUUUUCCAGUACCAAAAGAAAAACAAAACAAACAGAAAAAGACCAGCUCCCCCCUCCCUCCCAGCCCCUCUUCAAAAGUUUAUAGAGUCUAUUUGAAAUGGCUGGUGGAAACCGCCCAGAAAUGUCUUAAGCAAGUGAAAAGCAAACGAGUGACACGCUCUCUCUCACACACACAAAGAAGAAAGAUUUGUAUUAAAUCUUAUUCUGUAUAUUUAAUGUAGCUUUUUUGUAUUUAAAUUGAUAAUACAGUAUCUUUGAAGUAAAUUAUGAAAUCAAGAAAACUGUACAGGCAUUAAUGUUGUUUUCGUAAUAUAAAUAUAUACAUUUCUGUGUCUUUUUCCGAAUUGUUUCAUAGUUUUAAAAUAUAUAUAUACAAGUUUAAUUUAAAUUUUUAUGCCUAUUGUUUUUUUUCCUUGGGUGUGAGUUAAACUAUAAUGCAAAAACGAGACAAAAAAAGGAAAUAGGUUAUAAGUAUUAGAUUUAAAAAAACCCAAACCUGCAGCCGCCUUUGUAAAAAUGCAAAUAUUUAAUUAAAAGAGAUUUUUAACAGAA